CCGCGAAACAUUCCUCAUGCCUCACGUAUGAGUAAUCGCACCCAGGUGGUGCCUGCGUUGCUGGCGAUCAGACGCUGCCGCCGAGUCAGCCACCAGACGCAACAUGAUGUACGUGUAGAACGUUGCGCGGGUGAGGGGAUAGUGGGGAAGUACCGUCUGCAUACAAAUAACGUGUACUCCCGGCUGCCUUGCGUCAAAUGCCAAUCCGAAAAUUUAUACACAUUCUUCCUGCACGAUGCGUACACUGAGUAAAAAUAGCGAAAUCUCCCAGCCGCAGACCGCGUAGCCUUGUUCCACCGUUGCAUGUUAUACAGUUGACCCACAUUGUAACGGGACAUUUUUGAAAAACUCUCCCAACUGCCAUGUCAACAUGGCGCGACGCUUCUUGCUCCCAGUCAUUUAGCAAGUAGAAAGUUAUUCCCUCGACGCAAAUAAGACUACCUACAUUCGGUUAAAGUUGUAGAAAUGUCUCAAAAUCCGAUCAUUACCGCGAAAAGCUCGGUCCACCUGUAUACCGGCUUUCAAAUUGAAAAUUUCCCUCAACAGUUCUAUGGGAAAUUUACGCGAUUCCUUUUGCGCGCACUUCCGUCGCCAUAUUGUGAGCAUUGUCAAAAAUUGGAUGUAAAUAAAGCGGCCAUCUUGUGACAGCUGGGAAAUAGCGAUGGCGAGCUAGACAUCCGAUAUCGCAAUCCAAUUCGUUCAAGUUUGUUUUUACUGUUAAAAGUCGUUCAAUUGCAUAUCGAGUUUUGCGUAAGUGCUUACUAGAAAACGUGCCGGUUCAGCCUAACGGUGAAGUAAUGAAUAUGAUCCGGGUUCCGCCUAAAUCGAUGCCGCUGUGAUUUCUCUGAUCUUCGAGGACUGGGGUACUGUGAACGCCACUGGAAUUUCUUUGUGCUUCUUAUUGGUAGUCAAUGCAAAGUGUUGAGAAAGGAGCUCCAAUGAUUACCAAUAAUAUAACGCGGUUAGCAAAGGAGCUCAUUUUGCACCUCCGAAGGCUUGCUGAAAAGCAAGAAAUAACCGAUCGAGAUUUAUGUCAAUAUUUUAGAAAGAAUAUUAGAUGUCUUCUUUUCAUGAAUCGUCAUCACGCUGUAAUUAGAAGACGAUUGUUGAAGAGAAGAAACGCGGUUAUUUUGCGGCAUAAUUGCCUAAAGUACAAAUCAGAAUUGGGGAGUAAAACUAAGAAAUUGAAAAAGAGAAACAUUGAAUUAGCAUUGAGUUGGUCAAGACGUGUUGUCCUACAUUUAAAGCAGCGAAGAGCAUUGUUAAAACUCACAAAUAGGGAAAGUAAGGAAGAGAUACUUUUGCAACCUGAUGACUUAAAAAAAUUAAAUGAGCGUAUAGAGCAUUAUAAGAACAGUACCAACAAAGCAGCUAACAAUAUCUUCCAGGAUGAAGCCGGAGAAGCUAACACUGCUUCAGAACCUAUACAAAUUGAUCUUACUGAAACGCACAACUUUCAUUUGCAACCGAAUAUUUCAAACUUCGAGCAGAAAGCAGAGCUUAAAGGAACCAAUUUCUUAGAUUCUUUGAUCGAUAAAUUGAAGAAAAAUGAUGUAACGAAUUCGUUUAUCAGAAAACCGCAACAAGAAGAGCAAAAUAAUGUGUUGUGUAAAUUUAUAUCAAAGCAAACUAAUGAGCCCGCAAUUCAUGAUGACAGUGAUGCUUCCUCUGAUUUUCUUGGCUUCAGUGAAGAUGAUCCUUACGGUUUACUCCCUACGCCAAAAGUACCAACUCAGAUGCAGUCAGAUAAAUCCCCAUUUAUUAGUGAAAAAUUAGAUACAUUUCUCCGGGAAAAUUCAUUAGAGAAUCGAACGCGAAUCGAGUUACCAAAAAUAAAACAAAUCGAAGAAGGGAUGGUGUGUGAAGGAGCUCAACCACCUAAAAUUCAAAUGCAGAAAGUUCCUGACGAGUUGGCAAAAGCAAGAACUGUAGCGGAAAAACGUAUGCUUCUAGAAAGGAAAAGGAGCUUGAAGUAUUUCAUUAUUGAAAAUGAAAACACUGUGUACCGAGAGUUGAAAAGGCGAUCUAAAUAUAAUCAGUGCAAUGAUGUUCUGAUUACCAGAUUGCAAGCGGCGGGUAUUCCAUUCAGGCGAGACUGUUGGAAAGCGGCUUCGUGGCUACGUACUUCGAAUGGAAAAUUUUGUUUUCAAACUCUGAAUGUAAAUGGCAAGAGCUAUAAGUUAAUUGGUACACGGGGGAACCAUCGUCAUAAAGUGUUGGGCAAUUACAAUGAUUCUCCAAUUUGUAAAAAAAUUAGAUCUGGUUGUCCGAAAAGUUGUACACAGCCAUUAGAAAUGAAAGGUAUAAAAUUGUGCCAACCUAAUUUAGAAGUAAAUGAUAUACAUGCAAGCUGUAGAAAAGAAGAAGGUUCAGAACACAAACGACAGAUUCCAAAACUCCUAGAAUCAUUAGAAAACACCAUAAAACACAAGCCUGGUCCACUAUCAAGGAAGGCACUUAGAAGUUGUAAGAAAGAAAUUGAUGCUGGCGAAGUGGAAGUGUACAAAAUGCCAACAAUACAAAUAGAAGUGUUCCCAAAAGUGAAUCAACCCCUUGAUGAACGGAUAAAGCCUUAUUUAAAGCUUGUCUUACCUUCAGAAAAAAUAAGUCGUGAGUGGGCUGAGUUCGCCGUUUCGACGCUAGUCACAAGAAAUAAUAAAAACUGCGAAGAAAAAGAAGCAAAUUACAAGAAAUCGUUUACAUUCGAUAUUCCGUACUUAAAUAAUCAGAAAACUGUGCUUGUGCGGAAAGUCUACAAACGCAAUGAGAAAUACCAUAAUAUUGAGAAUGAUAGUUCUGAUUUAACUUUCCGGCAAAAUAUAGAUCCUGCAAACGAGGUGGAAGUGACAUGUGGCAAGAUACUGAGUGAAAUGAUUGAUAGUGUUGCUCUAAGUUUAAGUGAGGAUUCAAUGGUUAAAAAUGAUCCUGACAUUGACUACCUUCGAAAUGAGAUAAAAGAUGAUUCUGGGCGGUCAAGAGUAGCGAAUGAGCAGUUAACUGAGGUAUUUCCUAAAGCAGAUACGAAUAAAAGCAAACCAAAAAAGAGAUUGUUAUUGGAGUUAAAGAGGCUAAAUGCGACGAUAGUUGAAGCGCAAAAUGAUUGCAUUUCAGCGGCUGUCGUCAAAUGCAACAAAGAGUUUUGCAGGCUGGGUUGUGUUUGUCAGAGUUUCAUGGGGAUAACUUCACCGAAAACCCAUUGCAAACAAAGUGCCUGUAUGUUUAAAUGCACCUGCAAAAAUAGCACGAUUGAACAAUUUAAUUGUACGAAUCGAGUUCUGUCAGAGGAGGAUGCAUUACUUAUUCGCGAAAAAGCCACAGCUCGCCUGGCUAAAAUUGAGAAAGACUUUUGUGCGACUGUCGUUUUAACGGAUCAUAAGACAUAUUUAUUGAAUGAAUCACAAUCAGAGAAAAGACGUAUAAAACGGGUACCAAAACGUUUUAUUGACUUUGUCCAGGAUGAUAUACUGCCUACCAAUAAUCGCAAUAAUAUCGUUAACUGUGAGUCACCACAGAAGUCAAAUCUUGCUAGCAAUAUGAAUUUCUUACUGACAACCUUGAAGCAUUGCAAUGUGAGUUUAAGUCGUUUAGAAGGCUUGCAGAAUAUCGAACCGUGGUGCAUGAUUCAUUGUCUAUACAAAUGUUUCUGCGAGGGCAAAUCGACUGAAGGUGAACCAUUCAAAUUUGCUGAAGGAGAUUCUGUCGAGGAAGAAGAAAUUAUAUACCCAAGAAAGCGUCGAUACUCUUUUGAUAAAGAAGAGAAGGAACCACCUUAUGUUGCUAUAAAGCGCAAAUACUAUUCAGCAGGGUAUGUUUCCGGAAGUCGCGUUUCUGCCGUACCUGCGUCAAUUUAUAAAAGUUUAAACCGUGAAAAAGCGAAAAGUAUCAAGUUGAAAGUAAUGGCUGAUGAUAAUGUUGAGAAACGAAUGUUAUUAAAACAGCGACUAGCCCAAUCGCGUGAUUUUAAGAAUUUCGAAUCAACGUCCGUUAAAAGAAACAAUUCGAAAAGCAUAACAAAGGAUCAUGAAUACCCCAAAACUGAUAUUCCGAAAACGCUUCUUUCACAAUUGACUGCAACUGACUUAGGGUCAGCUCCAGAUAAGAAGUCCAUCGUUGACAAACAUAAUUUACAACAAGAAUCAAAAUCAAAGCAGAUUGACAGAAGUUGUCCAAUAAUCGAUUCUGAUACUACCAUGCCUAUUAUAACGUCCGUAAUGUCACUCAACGUAAAUAAUGAACGGAACCCGAUUCAUUAUAUGCGCAAUAUUCCCAUAGAGCUUCCGUCAGUGAAAUGUCGACACGGGGAAAUAUCCCUUUCGGAAUUUCACAAAAGUGCGAUAGGAAAGCUGAAUGUAGCCGUUACAAGAACAAUGCAGAGCAUUUGUCAUAUACAAAAACAAAACUCUAAGCACAUUCCACUGCCGGCGCCGCGAACAUUAAGUAGUCUGCAAUGGCGGUAUUUCUUAGAGGCUUUCGUCGAAGAGUUGGUUUUCGUUUGGGAGGUUUGCGUUAGAAACAGAAAUAUCCUGAUAGCAACGAAAAUGAACAUCAUGCCUCAAAUUCACGGAGCAACAAGUGCAGCAAAUAUCAAAGUUGUUCCACGUGAAAAAUUGCCUAUGAUUGGGAAGAUGCUUCUGGAUCGUCUAUCCGGGGAGCAUACGCAAAAGCUGUCGGUUUUAAUGUCUGGCGAAGAAAGCUGUUGGCAUAUAAUUGGUUUCAUAAAUAGUCAGACAAAUUAUUUAGCUGCACCUAAUAAUGUGUCACUUGUUAGGCCCACGCCUGAAAGCCACCCGCAGGUAACAAUGAAGGUAAAUGAACUUUACAAGAUGUUAUUCCUGCGUGAAAUUCAAGUAAUGAAACAGAAACAAGCAAUAGCUAAGAACGCAUCACAUCCACCUGAACCUAGACGUCUUGAAACGCAGGUAAUGGAACCAAAGCAAACAACCACCAAGAAUGCUUCAGACAAGCCUAAAAGUGCUGGUUCCGUGUCCAUAUCAAAUUUAACAUUAAAAAAAUCGCAACCACAUUCCAUAAAAGUUAAAAGCAAUCUGGAGAUUAUGCCAAUAUCUGAAAUGGCUGCUAAAUCGCUAGUUAUCCCGUUGCCGAAUAAACAAGAUCAUUUAUGGCUUAUGGUCGAUCUUGUAGAUGAUUUCUCGCAUAUUUAUGUUCCUGAAUGGAAGGAUUUCUUAACGUAUUCGCGUAUUAAAAGAUCGUUUGAAAUUGCUGCGAAAAGCAAGAAAACUGUGAAAUUGGCUAAACUCGCCGGGAAAGCAGAUAUUUAUGCUACGCCUGAUUGUUAUAAUCGACUUUAUAUUGGUCCAUAUUUCGAAAAGGCUAAUGUUAAUUUAGUUCUGUGUCAAAAUGUAGAUGAAAAAAUUCUAUUACGAGAAGAUUUUGAAAAAAGUCAAAAUAUUAAUCGCUCAAGACGAACUGUUGGUUAUUGGCUUCAGAUAAAAAAUUCUACAUUGAUUUGUCAAGAAGAAUCGAAAGAAUCGGAGAAUAUAACUAACCGAACGAAAAAUAUACGAUGUGAAUUGCCUUCUGCAUCUUCAAGUAAGGGGAGUCAAUCAAAACCUACGCAAAUCUCACUCCUUAAAAGAAACUAUCUACCCCGGAAGUCGUCGCCAGGAGUUAAGCACCAUGGGACCCUUUCAAAUCAACGGGUUUCAGAGAAAUAUGUUAAAAAUAUUAACUUGAAGAAAUUUAUAUCUCAAAAAGGAAGUCUUCCCUCUUCGCCUGAGCCUGUAAACAAAAUAUCUGGCUAUUUUGUUACAGAUGCAAUAUCAUUAGGGAAAAUUCGUGCUGAGCGAUUUCAUAAUUGUUAUCUCAUCAAACUGCCAAACAUUGAGGAACAGCUUAAGCUUGCCAACGAAAAAGUUGUAAAUAAAUACUUGACAAAUCUAAUAUUGCAGGUCAUCGAAGGCAACUACCUUAUUUCACGUACUUUCAUGCUCAAAUGGCGUUUUAUUCGAUCAAAUAGUGAAGAGGAGAGGAAAUAUGAUUUAUUUAGUUUGGAAAGAGCAGACAUCAUUAAAGCAUUUCAAAAAGAUAAAUUCUUCAGUUCCGCAUCGGAUAUUAUACCGGUUACCGUUUUAAAUGGAGCAGCAGAAAUAAAAUCGGUCCAAACGAAGAUAAGUUCAAGUUCAAAUCGUGCGAGAGAUAUAAAAUCUCAAACGGUGCAAGCUAGACCAGUGAUAACGAAAGUAAAUCCAACGCAAUUGGCACGUGUAACUACCAGUACGCAGCGUCUACAGAAUUUGUCAUCUGAGGUCAUAUUGAUUGAUGACUAGACGAGCGAAAACGAAAUUAAUUUAUAAAGACAGUCUGUGAUUUAGAACAUUGUUAUGCAUAAACUCACCUAGUUUAUUAGUUCACUGAUUACUUUAAUUUCUAACUAUUGUAAUAAACUUUUCCAAACGAUGAAUAACAUCUUAUCGUA